CCUACGAAUGAGCGGCAACAAGCUGUUGUGGACGCUUUCAAGCACGCUUGGAAAGGAUAUCGUAAAUAUGCCUGGGGCCAUGACCAGUUGAAACCAAUCAGCGGUGGCUAUUCGGACUGGUUCGACACUGGUUUAACAAUUGUGGACGCCCUCGAUACAGCUAUUAUAAUGGGGCUCAAAGAAGAAGUUGCUCAAGGGACCGAGUGGAUUCGAAAUUCCCUUACAUUCGAGAAAGAUCGCUAUGUCAAUCUUUUCGAAACAACGAUUCGCACACUGGGCGGUCUUUUGAGCGCAUAUCACCUCACCGGUGACACGAUGUUUGUUACGAAGGCGCAAGAUCUGGCCGAUCGAUUGAUGGGUGCUUUCACUAAGUCAAAAUCUGCCAUUCCUUUGAGUGAUGUAAAUCUGAAAACAAGCAAAGCGAAGGCUCCUUCCUGGUUGGGAGAAUCAUCAUUGUCUGAAGUCACAUCGCUACAGCUUGAAUUUCGUGACCUUUCUAGAGUAACUGGAAAGAAAGUCUAUGAGGAAAUCGCAUUCAAAACUUCGAAGCACAUCCACAAAAUCGGCUGUAAGGAUCACGAUGGUCUUUGCGAUAUGUUCUUGAACUCAAAUACAGGACAGUUCCGAACAGGUGCGUCCACAAUCACAUUCGGCGCACGUGCUGACAGCUAUUAUGAAUACCUUUUCAAGCAGUGGUUGCAAACUGGCAAGACUAUUGAUUGGUUGUUCGAUGAUUACAAAACUGCUAUGGAGUCCAUGAAAUCGAAAUUGUAUAGAUACUCAGAGCCGAAUCAACUAGGCUUUGUCGGCGAAUUGCUCCCAGGAGAAAUCUUCUCUCCAAAAAUGGACCACUUGGUAUGUUUUCUAGCUGGAACGCUAGCUUUAGGCAGCAAGAAUGGUGCACCUGAUGAGCACAUGAAGUUGGCACAAGAUUUAGGAAAAGCGUGCCAAGCUAUGUACAAAAACCCAACUGGUCUUGGCCCGGAAAUUGCUUAUUUCAACAUGAUGCCCGGUGUUAAAGACGAUCUGAGCAUUAAGCCGCUUGACGCGCACUCGCUGUUGAGACCAGAAGCAAUUGAGGCUUGGUUCUAUCUCUAUCGGUUGACAGGAGAUAAAACAUAUCAGAAUUGGGGCUGGGAAGCCUUCACAGCGAUUGAGAAAUAUGCCCGAGUGAAUAAUGGAUACUCAUCGGUAAAAAGCGUCAAGAGGAUACCAGUUACGCAUAGUGACCUAAUGGAGUCUUUCUUCCUAGCAGAAACACUCAAAUAUCUCUACCUUUUAUUUGCUGAUGAUCAAACGAGCCUGUUCCCACUGGACAAGUGGGUAUUCAACACUGAAGCGCAUCCUCUUCCGAUAUAUUCUAGCUGA